AUGGCAGAUAAGGUUUUGAACACAGAGAAGAGUGCUGUCAAAGACAAGGCCAAAUCGGAGAUGAUGGAGAGCAUGGAAGUGAACCCACAAGAAAAAGAAGAGGUUGAAGCCAACACCUGGCCUGGUCUUAAACCCAAGCCUUGGAGCGUAAUUCCGGCGAAGAAAAAACUGGUGAAGACGAUGAUGGUCGAAUACAUAGGCCAAUCUGUAGUAUCCGCAUUCAAAAACAGCAAGAACAAGCAGAAAAUCACUCCUGGUAAUGCCGGGUCUACCAAUAUGUAGUACUUUGAUAACCUACACUAUGCACACACACACACAC